CUGGCGAGUGAACACCCAGCCCGCGCGACCCCACGCUAGCCUCGCCAACCUCCUGCCCGGGGCCGGAGAGCUGGUCGAGUCUCGGUCGGCGCGCGUCGAGACCUAGCCUGGGGCCUCGGCCACAUCGUUUUCUAGAAAGCCUCACAUCUCUGUGUGUGUGUCUCAGCUAAACCGCUGCAACCUAGCGCCUCUGGGAGCCGGAGUGGAUGGGCGGUUUCCGCCAACUCCGGACACUUCCUCAAGUGUAGCCCAAGUACCUGCAGUCCCUUGGCGCGCUUGUAGAAUUAGCGUUUACAGAACUAGCCCACACUGGAGCUAUCUGGAAGUUAAUAUUUUUUUCUUUGAAAUAACAUCAGCCCUAAGUUGGGAAGAGGCUUUCAGGUCGUUCUCAGGCCCACUUAGCAUCGGGAAUUUGUGGGGUCUCCUUAAGCAGUCCACAGCCAGACCCGCGCCCCACCCCCCUGCGCGUGCCUCCACUACUGCCUGGCGAGUGUGCGUGCCUGGCGAGUGUGCGUGCCUGCCUCUCUUCCUGUCUCCUCAGUGACCCCCACCGCGCAGCCCUUUGUCCCUUGGCAGGCAGUAAGUGAAUCUGAAGCCUUGGUCCUGGGUAGCCAAAGCGAUCCUGUGAUGCCUGUUGGAAUUUGGAAAAAGAAACAUAGAGACCUGAGAGAGGUCUGCGGAAUCAUCUCCUCCAACUGUCCUUUCGCAGCUGAAGGCACCCAGGAGUUGAGUGCCACCCCCAUCUGCAGAAAAUUGGCAAUAUCUCUGAGGAGCCCUUGCUUUUCCUGGGAUACCCAGCAUCAUGGUUUCCUGUUUCCUGGAGUCUCUCAGUGUCCUGGGUUCCCUCCUGCUGCUUGGAUUCCAGCUCGUCUGCCCACAGCCCUCCACUGAACACAGAAAGGUCCCGCAGCGGAUGGCGGUGGCCGAGGGCGCUCCCGAGGACGGCGGCGGCGGCGGCGCCCCGGGCGUGUGGGGCGCGUGGGGCCCCUGGUCCGCCUGCUCGCGCAGCUGCAGCGGCGGCGUGAUGGAGCAGACGCGACCCUGCCUGCCCGGCUCGUACCGCGCACGCGGCGGACCGCCGCCCGGAGCCCCCGCGCGCGCCUUCGCAGGCCACGUGGUGUCAGCCGUGCGUACGUCGGUGCCGCUUCACAGGAGCCGCGAGGAGCCACGCGCCCCCGCCAGCCUCAACUCCAGCCGCCAGGGUCCGGCGCAGCGAGGUAGCCGGCACCCGCAGGCCCGGGGCCGCGAACCCACGGCGGAGAGAAGGAGCAGGACCCGAGGUCCCAUCGGCCCCGGCAUGUAUGGCUAUGGUAAGGCCCCAUACAUCUUACCACUGCAGACGGACUCUGCACACCUGCCACAAAGGCUUCGGAGGCAGAGGCCCUCAUCCCGGAAUUCCAGGUCCCAGGGGGCAUCUGGUUCUAGCCAUGGCUACAACCCUCCAGCCCACCGGGCCCCCCGACACGGACCUCUGUACCAGAGUGACAGUGGACCUCGUCCUGGACUGCAAGUCUCGGAGGGCUCCAUCUACCAGCUGCCUUUGACCCAUGACCAAGGCUUCCCUGAAGCCUCAAAUCUCUUCCACAACCCAGAAACAAGCAGCAGCCCUGGCCUGGGGGCCCACAGGGCAGCUCAGAGCUUCUCCCAGCCUGCCCGAUCUACAGCAAUCUCCUGCAUUGGGGCCUAUCGGCAGUACAAGCUGUGCAACACAAAUGUGUGUCCAGAAAGCAGUAGAAGUAUCUGGGAGGUACAAUGUGCAUCCUACAACAACAAGCCGUUCAUGGGCCGGUUUUAUGAAUGGGAACCGUUUGCAGAAGCCAAGGGCAAUCGGAAGUGUGAGCUGAACUGCCAGGCAAUGGGCUACCGCUUCUACGUACGGCAGGCGGAGAAGGUCAUUGAUGGUACCCCCUGUGACCAGAACGGCACGGCCAUCUGCGUGUCUGGGCAGUGCAAGAGCAUUGGCUGUGAUGACUACCUAGGCUCCGACAAAGUCGUGGACAAAUGCGGGGUGUGCGGAGGCGAUAACACGGGCUGUCAGGUUGUGUCGGGCGUGUUUAAGCAUGCCCUCACCAGCCUGGGCUACCACCGAGUUGUUGAGAUUCCUCAAGGAGCCACAAAAAUCAACAUCACCGAGAUGUACAAGAGCAACAACUAUUUGGCCUUGCGAAGUCGUUCUGGCCGCUCCAUCAUCAACGGGAACUGGGCAAUUGACCGGCCUGGAAAAUAUGAAGGAGGAGGGACCAUGUUCACAUACAAGCGACCAAAUGAGAUUUCGAGCACUGCCGGAGAGUCCUUUUUGGCCGAAGGUCCCACUAAUGAGAUCUUGGAUGUCUAUAUGAUACACCAGCAGCCUAACCCAGGAGUCCACUACGAGUACGUAAUCAUGGGGAACAAUGCCAUCAGCCCACAGGUGCUGCCUCACAGGAGACCAGGGGAGCCCUUCAACGGCCAGCUGGUACCAGAAGCGGGGAACCAGCAGGAGGGAGAAGGGAAAGAGGGGGAUGAAGAGAAGGCAGACGUGCACGGUGGGGCACCUGAAAUAUUCACCUCGGAAUCAGCACAGACCUUCCCGGUCAGGCAUCCUGAUAGAUUCUCUCCCCACCGGCCGGACAAUGUGGUACCACCAGCACCACAGACCCCACGGCGGAGCCGGGAUCACAACUGGAAACAGCUGGGGACAACGGAGUGCUCGACAACCUGCGGGAAAGGAUCGCAGUACCCUAUUUUUCGCUGUGUGAACAGAAACACUCACGAAGAGGUUCCUGAGAGCUACUGUGACUCGAGCAUGAAGCCGACCCCGGAGGAGGAACCCUGCAACAUCUUCCCUUGCCCAGCCUUCUGGGACAUCGGGGAGUGGUCUGAGUGCAGCAAAACCUGUGGCCUGGGCAUGCAGCACCGCCAGGUUCUGUGUCGCCAGGUGUAUGCCAACCGCAGCCUGACGGUGCAGCCCUACCGCUGCCAGCACCUGGAGAAGCCCGAGACCACCAGCACCUGCCAGCUCAAGAUCUGCAGCGAGUGGCAGAUCCGGACAGACUGGACCUCGUGCUCGGUGCCCUGCGGAGUGGGGCAGAGGACCCGCGAUGUGAAGUGUGUGAGUAACAUCGGGGACGUGGUCGAUGACGAGGAAUGCAACAUGAAACUCCGGCCCAACGACAUUGAGAACUGCGACAUGGGACCCUGCGCCAAGAGCUGGUUCCUGACGGAGUGGAGCGAGAGGUGCUCGGCAGAGUGUGGGGCUGGAGUGCGGACACGCUCGGUGGUGUGCAUGACCAACCAUGUCAGCAGCCUGCCGCUGGAGGGCUGCGGGAACAACCGGCCAGUGGAGGCCACCCCGUGUGACAACGGGCCCUGCACGGGCGAGGUGGAGUGGUUUGCGGGAAGCUGGAGUCAGUGUUCCAUCGAGUGUGGGAGCGGGACCCAACAGAGGGAGGUGAUUUGUGUUAGGAAGAACGCUGACACCUUUGAAGUGCUGGACCCCUAUGAAUGUUCCUUCCUGGAGAGACCCCCCAGCCAGCAAUCCUGCCACCUCAAGCCCUGCGGAGCCAAAUGGUUUAACACAGAAUGGAGCAUGUGUUCCAAGAGCUGCCAGGGCGGCUUCCGCGUCCGGGAAGUGCGCUGUCUGUCUGAUGAGAUGACCCUAAGUAAUCUCUGUGACCCUCAGUUGAAACCAGAAGAGAAAGAAUCUUGUAACCCUCAGGACUGCGUCCCUGAAGUUGAUGAAAACUGCAAGGACAGGUACUACAACUGCAACGUGGUGGUCCAGGCCAGGCUCUGCGUCUACAACUACUACAAGACCGCCUGCUGCGUCUCCUGCACGCGCGUGGCCAACAGGCACUCGGGCUUCCUGGGGAGCAGAUAACACCCCGCUCCGCAACUGUGGGCAGGUCAGGGAGUCUGUGAGCAGUGGGACUGGCUGACUGCUGCCCCCUCCUGGGGGCUCCCUGGCCUGUGGAGCUGCCAGCCAACUUAGUCAGCACCCCACCUUCAUAAAGUGUACACACGGUGCCCAGGAGCAAGGCCACAGUUGUCCUUUGAGCAUCACCGUGAACUGCUGACCCCUCCUUCAGAGACCUGGCACCUGCGCUCUCUGCAGACCGAGCGGUGGGGACUGCGUGCAGCUCUCGGCCGACUCCCGUCCUGGCACUUUCUAAGUCAGCAGUCAGGCCCUGUCUGGGCACUGCCUAGCCCCAGUGCUGCUGGCCUUUCUAAUACCAGCACCCCUUGGAGAACCAGAGGAGACAGUCCCCCCACCCCAGAGCCCCCCUAAGCCUUGCUAGGAUGCCUGCAUCCCUCUGUUACCUCAGCCCACCUGUGCCUAUUUUUACUCUCAAAGACAUUAGGCUCUUUUCCAGCCUUGUGGCACAAAUAUCUCAUGCCAGUUUAGAGCUUUAUUGUUUUGCAGGUAUAUUCAGAGAUAUUAGCUCAUUAGCGGCUGUGAGCACAGCGCUCCAGAAUGGGAGUCAGGGAAUGAAUCUUGUCCCCAUUUUACUGACAAGGAAACUGAGACUGAACUUAGGUAACCUACCUGCCACGUUAGCAGGUAAUUGACCCAUUCAGUGACAGAGCUGAGUCCUGACCCCAGUCGUCUGACCACAAAGCCGUCACCCCCAGGCCUGUCCAGAAGGCUUAGGUCUGCAGUAUGUGGCUUCAUUUCAGACCUAGAAGCUGAGAAGUUUCCCAUUCAGCAAACAAAGCCCAGACCUUUGAAUUCUUUCCUCGGGCCAAAAGUCAAGUCUUUAUCUCCUGUGCUCAGUUGUUUCAGGAGUCUGUUUCUUUUUUCCAUUCCCCCACAAAGUCACAGGUCCUGGUGACAGGACUCCGCACAGUUUCUUAAACCCCAUCCUUAAUGGAACUAUGCCAUGAGGUAAGAAAGCCAUUGGGGUAGAAAGGUGAUUGCCUGAAAUUCUGAUUCCUCUCCCCAGUGGUACAUGCCGCCCAUGGAAUCCUACAUUGUGGACCCUUUGGCCUUUUGUCUCCCAGAGCAGAUUUCCAGAGCACACAGCUCUGUCCCCUGGGCUCUCACCCCUUCCUCAGCCAUCUCUUCUGGGUCCUUUCCCACACAUCACCCAGUGGAAAGUCUAACCAACUGUCCCAGCAAAAGCCCUAUAUUUAUAUUAGAAAGAGUCUCCUUUGGGUCUUUCUGGUUUGUUUUGCAGAUGUCUCUCUGUGACUUUUCAUCCCUCCCUUCCCCCAUGACUCACAACCCAUAUUCCCCCUCCCAGAUGUGAGCACUAAGAUCUAUAUUAAUGCAGCCAGCCUGGGAAAAGGGGCUGUGAACUCCUCCACGAUGGCCCCAGCGGCAGGGUCUUCCCUGAUUCACUUCACAUAACUCUGUAGUUCCCGAGGCCUGUGGCUGGAAGGGGAAUGCAGUGCAUAUGAAAGAUGAGCUAUCUGAAGAAUCAGUGAGGAUAAAGAAGGGGGGACGUAUAUAUAUAUAAAUAUAU